UGUCAAGAAGAGAUGGCGAAUCAAACCACAGUGACCGAAUUUCUCCUCUUGGGUCUUUCCAGUGUCCCAAAGACGCGCUUUCUUCUCUUUUGGAUUUUUUUAGUGGUCUACAGCAUCACGUUAGCAGGCAACGUGAUCAUAUUGACACUUAUCUGGCUGGAUUCUCGACUCCACACCCCCAUGUACUUUUUCUUGAGCCACCUCUCUUUUGUGGACAUCUGGUACACAACCAGUACAGUUCCUCAGAUGCUGACCAACCUCUGGAGCCCAAAGAAGACCAUCUCAUUUGCUGGCUGUGGUGCUCAGAUCUAUCUCUAUCUAGCCCUAGGCCUAACUGAAUGUGUCCUCCUUGCAGUGAUGGCAUAUGAUCGGUCCGUAGCAAUAUGUCACCCCCUGCGCUACUCAAUUAUUAUGAGCCACAGAGUCUGUGUCAUGUUGGCGGCAGCAUCCUGGAUCUUUGGCUUCCUCCUUGCCAUGGUUCAUGCAGUCCAGACUCUACAAAUGCCUUAUUGUGGCCCCAAUGUAAUUAAUCACUUCUGUUGUGACAUCUUGGCGCUGCUGAAACUGGUCUGCGCUGACACCCACCUCAAUGAAAUCAUGGUGUUUGUGGUUGGUGUUCUUAUGCUUCUGUGCCCCUUCUUCUUCAUACUGACCACAUACAUCCGCAUCCUAGCAGCCAUUUUGAAGAUCCGUUCUGCCCAGGGCAGGCGCAAAGCUUUCUCCACAUGUGCCUCCCACGUGACUGUGGUGGCGCUAUUUUAUGGAAGUGCUAUGUUCAUGUACAUGAGACCUGGGUCAAGCCACUCACCAGACCAUGACAAAAUGGUCUCCUUGUUCUAUAGUGUUGUCACUCCCAUGUUCAACCCCAUGAUCUACAGUCUAAGGAAUAAGGAAGUAAAAGGCGCCUUGCUGAAAGUGCUACACAGAUGCAACCUCUCUCGCGGGACUUGA